AUGUAUUCUCUUAUCAGAGAGAUUUUACAACUCAGUUUUAUAACUGUUCCAGGCUGUAUUGUGUAUAUUUGUGAUUUCCAUCGAGAACAAGCAUGGGUACGGUGGAUCAACAACUCAAAGAAUGGCAUUAACAAAGACAAGAAAGACAACCUCCUCAACAGUUUGCGAAACCUUGCAAGAACUUCCACAGAAGGGGACUUCAAUUUAGCACUUAGAGAUCUUCAAGACAGUGAACUGUGGAGGACCAAUACAAGACUCCAAAAGUGGAUGAACACAACAUGGCUUCCCGAAAGACAGCGCUGGGUUUGGGCAUACAGGAAGGACCGCUUCAAUGUGAAAGUGAACACUACCAAUGGUGUGGAAAGAAAGAAUAGGACAUAUAAGCACCAAUUUCUUGCAGACAAUAGAGACAAGACCUUAAGUGGUGUCAUCACAGUUUUAGUGACACAAUUUCUGCCAAAUGAGUACAGAAGGUAUGCUGAAAAUAACAUGCGUAACUCAAGUGCUUAUCGCCAGUACAAUUCACAUCUUCCAAGGUGGUUACACAAUCGACCAAGACAGUUUAUUACCCACUGCUGUCAACGCCUUACACAUGCACAAUCAAUAACAAAAGAAGACAUCUCUCAAGAAGGAGAUGGCCAGUUCCUUGUUAAAAGCCAAAGUGACAAUAAGAUUUCAUACCAUGUGCACUUUGGUGAUUGCAGCAACAUGCCUUCCUGCACUUGUCCUGACUGGCAAAGACAUCACUGGCCAUGCAAGCAUUUUGUGGCUAUCUACAAACAUUUUCCAGAAUGGGGAUGGGAAGCAAUGUCUCCUCACUACAGUUCAAGCCCCUAUUUCCAGAUUGAUCCGAAUGUAGUUCCACCUUUAUCUUCCGAGGGAUGUUCCUCCACUGACUGUACCAUAAUGCAGGAUUCAACCCAAAAAGAGAAAGAAAAAGGAUCAACGGAAUAUAGCAGUAAAUGUACAUUAAGUACAAAGAGUCCUGUAGCACAUGAAGAUUCAGAAAAAAAAUCAGAGGUUGCUGGGAAGAGCUCCAAACAGUCAGUAAGCGUGCAGAAUGAAGGAAGAUGUUGCAGAGAGUUGUUGAAAGAAAUUCGAGAUCUCACCUACCUUUGUGCUGAUGGUGGAGCCCUAGAAUCACUUAAGCAAGACCUUCAGAAGGCACUGGGGAACUUCCGUCCCCUUGUGCCAUCAGAAAAUGGUAUCUUCAUGGAGGUUACUCAGCCAAAGAAAAACAUCAUGGCAAAACCGAAAAAGGCACCACUUGAAACAGGUCCUCAGUGCCAAAAAAAAAAGUAUGCUCAUUUGCCGCUCCGAUUGAGACUUAAAAAAAACAGUCAUCCUAUUCAGUUACCUUGCCAGCCAAAGAAACCAGCCACUCUGCCACAGUCUCAGAAAAAAAGUUUCAAUAUCUGUCAUAAUCUUGCCAAUAAUCCAAAAGAGGUUUUCAUUAAAAGAGAAAAAGAAGAAAAGGAUGACACCCUGAAGAUGACGUCCACAUCUGAACAAGAUACCCAACCCUUCUUUAACGAAAAUAUCACACCCUUACCACAAAAUACAACUAUCCCCAUCACCUCAGGUAGAUGUGAUGAACCAAAAAUGCAAAAGACAACUUCCACUACCAUAUUAUCUACUGCAAAAGAAUGUGACCAGCUAAUUCCUGUCUCAUUAACUGAUGAUAACUGUCCUGAUCCAAAGUCAUGA